AUUAGCUUUUAUAUGGUAAGAGUAGGUAUUUAUAUAUGCUUCAUGCAAAAACAGAAAUUUAUUUUACAGAUUUUACGAUGAAGACCGAUGAAAUAACGUCACAAAAUUCACAAACCACAAGCAAAAAUAGUGUAUCUAAUAUAGGACCAAUGAUACAUCCUCAGAGUGGUUCAGCAUUUCUUGUAGUCUUAACAUUUGCAUGCGACUCUGUAAUAGCAUGUGUUAGACAACUGAACAUAAUGGAUGAGGAAUGCGGUGAUGGAAAUUAUGGAACUACACUUGCUCAUAGUGCCAGUGUCAUAAAAGAAGCAAUUAAGGAAGGUAGAAUUUCAGCAACAAGACCUUUUAUAACAUUUACACAGAUAAGUCGAAUUAUUGAGAGAGAAAUGGGUGGCUUAGAAGGUGGAAUAUAUUCAUUAUUUUUUUAUACUAUUGCAAAGAGCUUUCUUAGAUUUCAAGAUGAUGAGCAAUUGACUGCAAACAUGUGGUUAAGUGUCUUGACAUCUGCAAACGAAAUGAUAUCCGAAGUUAGUGGAACAUCAAUCGGUGAACGAAGUAUGCUGGAUGCCUUAAUACCUGUGCAACAUAAAUUAAAAGAUGCAUUGAAUUCGGGCUCGAAACCAAUUGAUGCAUUUGGAGAAGCUGUCAAGGCUGCUGAAACUUCUGCUAUGCAAACUGUGCACAUGUCAGGAUCACAUUCUUAUCCAGAUCCUGGAGCACAUGCUGUAGGUAUAUGGAUGAGAGCUGCUUAUGAAGAAGACGUUCAGGAUGAGUGUGAGGGCUGUCAAAGUAUUGGAAAUGUGAAAUACUUGAGCAACGAGCAUGAAACGAGAACAUCUUUCCUAUCUGCUCAGCAAUCAUUGAUGCAAGAUAUUGGAAAUUUGUUAAAACAUGCUUGCAUUAGGAGCCUAAGCUGUGAAGUGCAUCCUGGUAAGGAAGGUGUUUGCUACUUUGGAGAUGAAUACAGGGGGCAUGUUUUAAGUCAUACUUUUACAUUGAAAGAUGCCCAGGCAAGAGGAUUUAGGAGGUGGUGCAGUUUUAUUGUUUUCAUGAGAGAUAAGCAAUUUUUGUUAAACAUGUGGCCAUUUUUAAUUGAUAAUUUAAAGGAAGUAAUUAGAGAGCUGCAAGAUUUUGCAGAGAAAAGAUAUAAUGCAGAAGAAGCAGAAUGCCCACAGAGAGCAAUGAGGUUAACAACAGCAAAUAAUAGUGCAGGUGGUCAUGGUCCUAUAACUAAGCAACCCAGAACACUUACUGAUAUAACAAAUGAAAAACACGUUUUUGUAAGAAUUCACAUGUGGUUAGUAUGGAUCCUUAGUGCUGGUGCAAGGCAUUUCAUAGAAAUUUUUCCAAUGAAUUUAUUAGAUGAUGAACUUAAUUAUAAUUUUGAACAUCAAAUUGAAACAGAAGAAAAUUUUACUUUAGUAAACGCAAAAUUGCCAAUAAAUUUAAAUCUUAACUCGGAUGACUCAGAACUUUUGCCAGAAUUUUCUGAAAUCACGGAAAAAUCUAUCGCCGUAAUUUUGCGACAUUUGAAACAAAUACUGGGGAAGGAUCAGUUUAGACAGCUGCUGUAUUCCUGCCUAACUGGCGUGCAAGUCCUGGUGAGAGGCCCGAAAAUUCAAAGAUUGGAAUCUUUGUAUGGACUUAGCAGUCUUAUCCCAAGAGCAUGUCGAAGGGUGAAAGCAGAAACAUCGGAAUAUAUGGAUCCUGACAUGUGUAACUUUAUUGGCGUAGAUACCUCAGUGGCGAUUCCUUUACCUUGUGCAAGUGUAUGCAGGCUCGAUAUUAUACUUGAAGAACACAAAAUCGAAGAUGCAAAAUCCCAUAUAGUUAAAUGGACCGGUGCAUUACCAUCAAAAUUACCAACCUUGUUAACGAAGAUUGAAAAAUCACUCGACAAUGAGAAACUCGGAAAUUCAGUUCUCAAAGCACAUUUUGCAACCCUUUUGGAAGAAUGGGCCAAUAUCGCGAAAGUUGUUCACGCGAUGCGCGGACGAGGUCAUCGUGGUGAUCUCUCUGGACUGAUGCUCAGUUUGGGUGCUGGACCUCAGGACAAAAAGUUAUUGGAUGCAUGGUCUAUGGGAUUACCAUCUAAUCCAGCAUAGUCUUCAACAAAUAUUUAUUUUAUUCUAUUGCACGCGUGUAGUAUAUAUAACGUAAUAUUUAUUGCAGAUCGUAUAUUUCUCUAUUCAGAUUCCUCAUUUAUCCAAGAGGAAUGUUUAUGUGUGUUCAAGGUUGUGCGUCAUUUUUUUAUUUAUGAUUUAGUUAAAAUAUUAAAGAGAACUUUAAGUAUCUUGGGAACUUGAAAUAUCUAUGGCAAAAAAUUGUAUAUCUUUUAUACACAUUUCAUCAUUUGUUUUAAACUAUGUGAUAGUUUAGUGAACGCUGGUAAAUCUUAUAAUAAUAAUAAUUGUGGAGAGAAAGAAUUUUUCAAUGUGUAUAGUUUUGAAUAUAUAUUUAUAACUUAUUUCUACAUGAAAAGAAUAUGUUAGCAAAUGUUAUUAGGUAAAAAUAUAAUAUACAAAUAAAUUUAUAUACAAAGAAA